AUGGAACCGAAGGAGUAUCUGAAACCGGUGGACAAAGUGAGGAGGCGCCCCAACAUCUACCAUUCCCCCGCCUUCGGGGUGCCCAUGGGGGCAGGCAGACCCCAGCCCCCGUUGACGAGAUUCGCUAGGGAUGUUCGGGCCUUUCUGCGGGGGAAGGGGACUGUUGGAGCGGGACGCGUGGAGGAGGCGUAUCCAGUGGGAGUAGCCCGUGCUAGGGAGACCGAGCAUGUCACCGUUGAUGCGAUACGUAAGAUUGGAACUGUCGGCGCGAUUGGGGAGGAAGAGGGGUGCUGGCAAGCUUUGGUGCAAUUUCAGCCGCGCAAGACGUCGGAGCGUGAUGAUCAGUCGGUUUUCCAAAGCCUUGGACUCGAGGUGGACCAGGAGGUUCGCGGCGGCACCGUCGCUUCGUCCGUGGCUUCGGUCGUUGAAGGGGGGCUUCUCUCCCAGUGGGGUGUGGCUCCCGGCAUGGAGGUCAUCGAUGAUGGGGGCAAAGGCCACGUCACAAUAGCCAUGGAGACCCCCUUCAGGCCUAUCGGAAAUUUAUCGGACGUUGACGAAGAAAAGGAAAACAUACCUCCGCCGACGCCGGCGUACGUUGGAGGAAUUGCAUUGACUACCCACCAGUACGGAAACUCGUUUGCCGAGAUGCUCCUUUCCAUGUACUUCACGGCGAAUGAAACUCUUCUGGAGGGCGCCUUUAGCUACAAGACGGACGCCGAGCUCUCACCCCCCUGCGGCAAAGCCGAGCGCACAGUCCUCGCCGCCAGGAAAAAGGCGUUUCUCGACAGCCUUCCCGGCAAGCUUGGGCUUGAUGUGAUAGGAGGGGAAGAGGGUCGAGGGCGCUCGGGAUUGAUUCAGGUCAUUAGCGUGGCACCCGAGUCCCUGGCGGACUUUUACGGCGUGCGGGUCCAAGACGCUCUCGUGGGCAUAAACGGGUACCCACUGGUUCGGCUAUCGAGGGCUGGAUUUCUCGGAAAGGUCGCCAAGGCCCUUACCACAUGCGCUUCCGGGACUCCGAGCGGUGGUGUCCUGCGAUUCUUCCUCGUCCGCAAGAGCAAGUCGCCUCCACUCCUCACGAAAGCGCAGAUCUCCAAAAGCAGAGCCUCUCCAAGUCCCUCGCCCCCCUGGGAGGCAAAUGAGGUGCCCAAGGCUCCAGCCCGCCCCCCCCGGGCGAAGAGAGCGCCGCGCCCGCAGACUAGGGCAAGGCGCAAGGACCGACAGCAACACUACAAGAGGUGGGACGAGGCGUCACCGAUGGAUGCUGUCCCCCAGAUAUCGGUGGAGGCGGCAGCGGCCGCAGCGGCAGCGGCGGCACAAAGACGCGCCGAGCGCAAGAAAUUGAGAAAGCGGCCACUCUGGUGGGAGAAACGCGCGAAAGGAUCAACCCUGUGCGUCCUGAGGCUCAGACCAGCGAAGGCCGCAGAACGCCUGGAUCCCAAGGGACGGGAGCAGGAAGACCAAGGGUCACGGGGUCACGUGCCAGGCAAGAAAUUAGACGUUGCUUUUGCAUGCAUGGUCAUGUUGGAUUUCCGACCAGUCGGAAGCGAACUCCAUGCUUCGAAGGAGCGCUCAAUGUUCAUACCCCGAUCCCGACUUGACACUCGCUGUCAUAUUCCUCGAAACCGUCUGUAA